AUUUAUAGAAGAGGCGCACGCUCCGUUUUUCCUUCGUAUAUAGUUUGGAGGAUCUGAUGUAUCGCGUUCACUCUCAGUAGCAUGUUGCGCGAACGAGGAAACGAAUUGGGUGCAAAGAGAGUAUCGUAGAUUGACAAGUAUUUCGAAAUUGCAUCGUCUAAAUGAUCGAUUAAAUUUUUCGUAUCGUGGAUCGUAUUUUUACGAAAAUCUCUCUUCGACUCGAUCGAAAAUAUUGAUUAAUUUUGUGAAUUCGUAAAAAUUUUAUAUUUCUUAUAUAUUGCGUUGAAUUGCAAUUGUAAUCGAAAAAAAAAAAAAGAAUUGUAAAUAACUCUUUUACGAGGGUUUGUUUUUUUUUCUUUUUUUUCUUGCGUUUUAUUUCGAGAAAAUACGUAUCAGUCGUUGACUCAAGGGAAAACUAUGGCUGGAAAGCAUAAUCUCAAGGGGCACGCCGCGUUUCCUAUACGAUACUUAAUGGCGAUUAUGGGCUCUAUUGGGCUCGCCAUUAUCUACGGUUUCAAGGUAAACGUAAGCGUGGCCAUCGUGGCUAUGGUGAACCACACUGCCGUAAAGCUGUCCACGUCGCGUCAAUCGGGGAAUGCGAGCAACGUGAUUACCGACAUUGUUGCCGAUCAGUGCCACCGCCAUGAUAUUUCUUCCAACGCGACGAAAAUCACCACCGAGGAUGGUCCGUUCGUGUGGAACGAGCCUUUACAAGGCCUUAUCCUGUCAUCCUAUUUUUGGGGAUACAUGGUAUCUUUACUUCCGGGGGGACGAAUGGCCGAACUAUUGUCCGCCAAAUGGGUGAUGAAUGGAUCUGUACUUCUAAACGUCCUGGCAUCUGUGUUGUCACCUGUUGCUGCUCAAACGCAUUACUCCCUCUUUAUCGUGAUGAGAUUUCUUCAAGGAAUCGGUGGGGGUGUAACGUUCCCGGCGAUGCACGUUAUGAUCGCUAAAUGGGCUCCACCGAACGAGAGAAGCGUUCUUGCUUCGAUCGUUUACGCGGGGACUGCACUUGGCACUGUGAUUUCUAUACUCUUAACGGGAAUAUUGGCUGCGAAUUUCGAAUGGGUGUGGAUAUUUUACAUUGAAGGUGCACUUUGUCUAAUUUGGUGCACAGUUUGGUGGAUCAUGAUCGCGGAUAGCCCGGAGGAACAAACGAAGCUUAUCAGUGAAGAGGAAAGAAAUUACAUCAUGCAAUCUUUAGGUCAAAAUAGGAAUGAACAUAAGAAACUAUCAGUUCCAUGGAGUGCAGUGUUACGAUCUAAACCAUUUAUGGCAAUUUUAAUUGCUCAUUUCUGUAGUAAUUUUGGAUGGUACAUGUUACUUAUUGAGCUUCCUACUUUUAUGAAUCAAAUACUAAAAUUUGAUAUGAGUUCUAAUGCUGGUCUUUCUUCCAUGCCAUUUUUAUGUAUGUGGAUUUUCACUAUGGUUCUUAGUAAGGUGUUGGCCAUGAUGCAGGAUAAAAAAUUAAUUUCAGUAACGGUAUCAAGAAAAAUUGGGACAUUAUUCUCAUCUGUUGUUCCCAUGAUUUGUUUAAUAGGAGUAUCUUACGUUGGAUGUAAUCGUACAUUAGCUGUUACUUUAAUGACUAUUGGAGUAACUUGUAUUGGUGGAAUGUAUAGUGGAUUUCUAUCGAAUCAUAUUGACAUUGCUCCAAAUUUUGCUGGUACUCUCGUUGCGAUUACAAAUUGUAUUGCCACUAUACCUGGAUUUGUAGUGCCAAUAUUUGUUGGAAAAUUAACGCAUGGAAAUCAAACUAUAGAAGCAUGGAGAAUUAUAUUUUUUACAACUGUCGUUUUGUAUAUAAUUGAAAUAAUAGUUUACACUGUUUUUGGAAACGGAGAAGAACAAUCUUGGAAUAAAAGUAAAUUAAUAGAUGAAGAAAUCAGUGAUCAAACAUUACCAUUAAAAGAAGAUUUUAAGAAAUGAAUGUGACUUUUAAAAAUAUACAAUUUGAAUAGCUUUUUAAUUCAAUUUUGACUUUAUGUCGUACAAAAAAUUAUCAUUAAUAAUUCUUACAAGGAACUCAUUUAGAGAUUUAAUAUCAUUAUUGUGUUACAAUUUUUGUUUUUAUAUGAAAAUUUUUUCAUACUUUACAUUUAUUAUAACGAAUGAUAAAAUAUAUUUUUUUAUUACUAUUAUACACAUACACUAGUAAAUAUACAAUAUUAAAUAUUAUUUAUUAAAGAUAAUAUUUUACAUAUUUAAACAUCUUUAAUAAUAAUAAUAUUUACAUUAAAAGUACAAAUUUAAAUAUUUAUUUAUUUAAUAUAGAAAAAAAAUACUUAUUUAUCUUUACUGUACUUUUACUAUUUUACAAAAAUACAUUGGACCCCAAUUAUUAUGACAAGUGGGUAUAACGAUAUGACCAUAUUUUAAACCAAUUCUGCCAAAGUCAUAUAUGCAUCGUAAGGGUAACAACGCUUCAGUCAUAUCUCUACAAGAAUCAUAUGAUACGUAAGAAGUUAAUGUAAAUAAUAUAAUAAUAUUAAUGUAAGAAUAUAUUUAGAGAAAUAUAUACAAAGUACAUACUUUACAA